AGAACUAAGAUAUUGAAUAUCUUUACCUAGUUUUAUAGUAGAUUUGUAGAUAUGUAGGUGAAUGUGCUUUCACAGGGACUGCGAUAAAAAUGUAAUCGCUUCCGCUUUAUUACUCAUUACUCAAUUUUCUUAUUUUGGACUUACCCAACGUACAAGACAUUUGACAGCUAAAUCGCAUAUCGUAGCUCUAUUCCAAAAUGUAGUUUACGGCGAUUGUUUAUGUUUUCCUUUGGCUCAGGCUGUCGGAGUCGGCGUCGCUAGCACAGGUGAUUACUGGCCCCCAGUUAUCAGCAUUCAGGGCCUCCGCUCCAGAUAAGGCGCUUCGCGAAAUGAGUAAACGCAGUGCCUAAUAUGAUAUACCGCCGCCGUUAAUCAGUCCCACAAGCUGCUUCGUGCCGUUCGAACGCCUGCCGAUCCAAUCCGUUCACUCUGUCCAGGACCCCGCAGAAUCCCCGGUGCACACGUGCCAUGGAGGAUUACACAUACGCCUACAUCUCCGAGCCCGUGGAGUUUCGGCAGCUGGAGGGCAAGGCCAUUGAUUUUCGCAAGACCUUCGAUUUGCGCGGGCAGGGCGCCGACGAAAUGCUCCAGUUGUACCUGCGGAAGGCCAAUCUAUCCGACGACCUCGAUCGUCUGCCGGCUAUUAUGCGACGCGCCUACGUCUAUGACAUAAUUAGAAGCAAUAAAUCUCCCGGUUAUUGGGUGCCACCUUCCAUGCAAGUGAGCAGCGACGUCUUCGCCCAUCCGCCGCCUGCUGUUCGUCCACCGCCUUCUUACGCCGACAACGCGAGCACCAACGCCAGUCUCGACGGCAUGAAAAGCUCCUCCUCCUCGAACAGCCUGGACAGGUAUGCGGGCGCUCCGCAUACCCUCGCGGGUCCCAGCUUUGCCACUAGCGUCUUGGUCAGUAGCAAGGGAUCCAAGUACGAGAUCAGCGGACCAGUUAACUUUCAGCAUGUUUCCGGCGACGUUUUGAGAGAUCGAACGCGAAACGCCUUCGACUUAAACGCUGACUCCAACGACAAUGUUCUACGAAAGUACAUGAUGGAGCGGGGCAUCACGGAGGAGGAUAUCAGCCACAUGCGACGUCAGGAUGUGAUCACGAAGAUUGUGCACUCUAACUUUACGUGGAUGCCAUCAAAGGGUGAUCGACAGCCCAAAGCGCAGAGUCAGGAACCGGCAAGACCGCUGCUUUAUGCCACCAUUUCCACCAACAACCAGAUUACUCCUCCGCCUUCGCCUCCACCGCCUUCUGUUACCAACGUUUCCAAGCCAAUUGCUGCUCCUAACUUUUCCAACUAUGCUUCGCUUACAUCGCGAUUUGUGGAUAUUUCCGAAAUGGAUUUGCCUGCGCCGACGCCUGUCAGACAGCAAGAGGUGGGACAUGUGGUUCCUGUUCAGAUCCAACCGGAACACGUUAGCAGUGCAAAGGUUCCUCCUCCUCCUUCAGCCGUGACGGCAAGGAACACACAUGGAUAUCCAGCGGCGAUUGACAUCCGUCAAGUGCGGCCGUCGGCUGUUCCCAAGGUGUCCAAUGAAACAUAUGCCACCAUUGCACCGCAGCGAAAGGCAGGCACAAUGCGAAUCCCGCCACCAGCGCCACCAAAGCCAACGAUACUGCCGAAUACUAUCUCCACAUCUUCCAUGGGUUCUCUGUAUGCCGUAUCUCCUGUUCAGCAUGCCAAACCCCCACCACCGCCUCCUCCAGUUAAGCCGACUGCUAGGAUUCCAUCUGCCUACGGAACACCGGUGGCUACGCAGAAUACAAAAAUUACCGGCAGUCAGAUGCCAGUUCCGCCGCCACCACCUCAAGCUGCAGCUGCUGUUCCGCCACCUCCGCCGCCGCCGAUGCCAGUUGCUGCUGCUAGUGGAGGAGCACCGCCUCCACCGCCACCUCCUCCAACUGGCAUGGCCGGAGUUCCUCCUCCGCCUCCAAUGCAAAAAACCCAACCGAUGGCUGCUCCGGCGGCUUCCUCUGGCGGAGACUCGAGGGAUGCGUUCCUGGAGAGCAUUCGUCAAGGAGUUACGUUAAAGAAAGUGAAUCAGAAGGCAGCCACAAUAAGCGGUAUAAAGCCGCGUCCGGAAAGAAAGCCAGCAACCACCGACUUUCUGAGUGAACUAAAGCUUGGAAUUACUCUUAGGCGAGUUAAAAAUCCAGGGGAUAACCCGUAUUCUGAGGAAUCGGAGUCGCAGGCGUAACGAUUUGGCGGUUAAACUUUUGACUGCGACGCGUUAUCCAACACUUUGCACUGCGGACAAGGCUGCCAGACUGAGAAAAUACGCCUUUAUUUAAAAUGCCGCAAAAAUACUUUUAAUUUUAUUAUUUAUCACCAUGACAAAUGCCCAUUAACGUUUGAUAAUAAAACGGUUUUCGCAAGA